AGUCUAAGUGCCAUCAUGAUCCUUAGAGGACCUGUCUUGGUGAUGCUGCCGCUCGUCGUUGAACUGUUGGCGAGCAACCGUGAGGUCCAACUGGGCCCUUCCUGCGGACAGACCUCUGAAGCGUGCUUCCAGCAUGGCAGCUGCGAUGAAGCUACAAACGUGUGUGUUUGUGACGAUUUCUACGUCAUAAGCGGCGACUGGACGAAAUGUUUGCCAGUGGCUACGACUCCGUACUUGUCAGCCUGUGAAGAAAACCUUCAGUGUUCCACCAGGAUGGGGCAGGGGGCGGUAUGUUCAGCGGGGAUUUGCGUGUGCAAUGCCGAUUUCCAUUACCUACAUGGCAUCUGCCACAAGAGUUCUGGAUACGGUGAGCCUUGUGUUCAAAAUGACGACUGCUAUGGGGGAUUCAGUUAUGAAUCUCUGUCUUGCGUGGAAAACAGAUGCAGUUGUUCAGAAGGCUACUACCUGGUAGGGAAAAGCUAUUGCAGAAGAAUGGGCAAUGUUGGAGAGGAGUGUGUAUUUGACAUGGACUGCCAGUCUGACGGGAAUUUUUGUGAUGAAAACAUUUGUGUCUCUGUAGCUGAAGAAAACAAAAAUGCAUUAUUUAAUGACGGUAAUGCAGUAUCCAUAUAUUCUUCAGAAGUCGAUGCGGAAUAUCUGAAAACAAAACUUGGGGAUGCAUGUGAAACGUCGGAGGAAUGUGCCAUUACUACAAAUCAUACCGAAUGUUACGCAAAUAUUUGCGUAUGUAAACCGGGGUACUCAAAUUUUUUUGAAGAUUGUAAACCAGAUCUUGGUGAGGCUUGCUCUGAACCAGGAGAUGUUGACUAUAUGGAUGAGUCAGAGUGCAGGGGCAACAUACUGCGCUGCAAAGCUCCAUACAUCAUCACAGAAAACAACAGGGUGUGUAGAAUUGGCAGGCUGUACGGAUCGCAAUGUCAGGUUCCAGAACAGUGCAUGUUUAGUGGGGACAAUGCCGUAUGCGCUGCUGUUGGCAACAGAAACCUUUGCCAGUGCGCUGUUGGACACCACUUCGUGGAUGAGAUCCAACUCUGCUCGGUGACCAGAGGGAUUGGUGAACAGUGUGAUUACUCUUAUGACUGCCUGGUGACCAGCGGGAAUGUCAAUUGUGCAGAGAACACUUGUAGUUGCUUAGAAGGAUUCCAUGCCACAAGAGGCGACUGUACUCCGGAUGUCGAAGCGAUCAACGACCCCUGUCUGGAUACCACAGACUGCACCCUUGCAAUUCCGCAUUCAUCUUGCGUCAGUAACAAAUGCCAGUGUAACAGCGGCUACUUUGAAGAUCAGACCGCGAACAAUCUGUGCCUCACAGGUAUCGGUGGAGAUUGCACAAAUGACGAUGAUUGUAGCAAUGUCGAAUAUUCGUUUUGUGAUGGUUCGAGGUGCGGCUGUGUUAACACCACCAUCCCCAACGCAGGCAACACCAAGUGUUUAGCAGUUGCAACAGCUCAUGGAGGCGAAUGUGAGGAAGACGUGCAGUGUCAUGAGGCUCUGGGACAAGAAGGCAGUUCCUGUCUCGACGGAAUAUGCGCGUGCAAGGACGACUAUCAUUUUCGAAGCGGUUCUUGCAGGGAGAAGAGGGUGUUGGGCGAAGCAUGCGAAAUUAACAGCCAAUGUUAUUUGGAAUCUGAGGAAACGGACAGAGUUGAAUGUCGAAAUGGAAUUUGUCAGUGUGGAUACAUAUACACGCAGACACAGGAUCUAGAUUGCAAAUCUGGUGUGAGCAAACUUAUGGUUUCUUUCGAAUUCCUUGCUGGAGCUUUGAUAUGGAGCCUUUUGGAAAGGACUAUGUGGAACUAGGGCACGCAAGAUGAUGGACGACAGAAAGACCUCCAUCGAUUCAAGAAACGCCAGUGUACCUGACAGUUGCAGUACCGACGCGACGUCAGGAAACGAAAUUCCACCAUGCAACAACAUUCACGCGAUUUAUAAGCACGCUCCUUUAUCGAACGAAGACAUUGCAUGACGUCGUAUGUGACGUCAUGGGAUAUUCCUUACGACAUUCAAACGAGGGCCUUUAAAAUCUCUGCAGCAAGUUCAACCCAAAUCCUGGAUUCUACAAAUUCAUUAUUUUAAAGGAUACAACUAGGCAUCUGUCUGUCGAAGAAAAACAUUUAUUUCUAGACCUAUCGUCAUUCUUAAACAGAUAAUCAAGUUGCAGUUUAAGUACAGAAAUAAAAUUGUGUUAUAUGUGGAA